AUGUGCGCAUUUCAGACCAAAAAUGUAUCCUCCGUGGAAAGCAACUCCGUUCCUCCAUCAACAUCGACAAGCACUUCAACAACACCCGCUACCGCCACCAUCGAAGAAGAUUUGAUAACCUCGUCGUCCGUGAUAGAUGAUGGAGACUCCACGAAUCUGUCUACGACGUCUGUGGAAGCUAGGACAUCUAGUUCCUCAAGUGAAUUCCUAGCAACACCAACUUUUCCUGCUGUGAAAAUAAUGGCGCCGGAGUCCGUUUCGUCUGAAGAGGAAAGCUCAACCACAUUAGCAUCAGCUGUGCUCCUUCCUUCUACGCAUCCACAACUGACAACUAUCAUAGCAGCUUCUACCACAGCUAUCGGUAUCGAAACAAGCAAACGAGACUCACAGAUGGCCACUCGAGCCAAGGUAACGAACGCAAUGUUCCUCUCUAACGUACUAUUCCUCGAUCUAAAAGUAAAUGAUGACUGCUGCAGGCUUUGGGAUGACGGUAUAGUCUAG